CCGCCGUCGCUGUCGCGGCGCUCGACGUCGCCCGAGGCGCCGGAAGGGCGCGGCGCCGCCGCCUCCUCCGCUGCUGCCGCCGCCGCUGCCGGCGUCGCGUCGCCCGCCAAGCGCCAAGCGGGGCUGCGCACGCGCAUGCGGCCGCCCCUGCAGAGCGACAGCCACGGCAUGCAGCGCAAGCUGCGCGACCGCUUCGCCCAGAGCGUGCCCAGGACCAUUAGGCUGUUGAUAAUUACUUCGAUGAAGAAGAUCGAUAUUUUAUUAUAAGGAAUUUUUAGAUCCAUAUUCCAUUAUUUCUGUAAGUUUAGAUUACAUUAUUCAUAUAUUUUUCGGAAUAAUCAAACUCCAGAAGAUGAAACCUACUGAAAUUUGCAUUAUUAUAACAUUUUGAUAUCAUACUGUUAAAAUCUACUUAGAACAAUCUUUUUCUUCAAAUUUUCAACUGGAGUCACUGUCCUUUUGAAAGAAAUUGUAAAUAGCUAUGCAAACAUUGGAUAUUACCUUAUAACAAAGUUCGUCGUAGUGAAUUUUUGUUCUGAAACUGGAUGAGCUACUUAAUCUACUACGUGUUGUAUUACCUUUACGAUUGCUAAUCAGAUUAUGUUAUUCUUACAAAAUAUUUCGAAAUGAAGCGUGAUAAAAUCGUUUUAUAUGCAAAUCAUAAAAUGCACUACAAGAGAUUUAAAAUAUUGUAUGCUUUAUCUUCUCCUUGAUUCAUGAAAUAUGUACUUCAGGGUGUGUUUUUUCCUCUUUUUUAUAUUUAUAUUCAUCUUUAGAUUUGUAGCAUUGUUUUUCAUAUACUUGCGCUUGCAAUUAAUACGAUAUUUUGAAGAAGUAAUACAAAUACCAAUGCUGUAUCAUCCGUUUUGUGCUAUUUUAUACGCACUUGAUACCAAGAAAUACUAUCAAGACUGGUAAAUGAAAUCUGUUACAGAUUUAUUUCAAGUAGUAGCGUUAUAUGUUAACAAAUGGCAUUUGUACAUGAAUUCCACUAUAUUUUUAAAAGAAU